AGAGAUUGCAGGGAGUUUCGUCCCACCAGUUACUCAGUGGGCUGGUGACCAGCGUUGUGGACGGAGGGUUGUUCGCUCAACGCUGCAACAUGAUAAGAUUUGGAGUGCAGAGUGUCUUUUGGAAGUAAACAAUUUAAAUUAUAACAAUGGAUGAACCAGAUGAUCCAUUUCUCUACGACACAAUUGAGAUACCCACUGUGGUUGGUCUGUUGAGAAAUAUUCUUACCCAGUAUCCUGAUAAUGGUCAAAUAAUCAAGGAAUUGGUGCAAAAUGCUGAAGAUGCUGGAGCAACAGUUGUUGAAGUCUUGCACGAUACACGACAAGUACAGUGCCCCAGCGCUCAUAAUGCUGUUCAAAGAUUUCUUAAGGGACCUGCACUGUGUCUAUACAAUAAUGGAAUUUUUACGCAAGAAGAUUGGUAUGGAAUACGCAAGCUAAGUGAUAGUAUAAAAAAAGAUGAUCCCCUGAAAGUUGGACAGUUUGGUUUAGGGUUCAAGUCAGUCUUUCACCUUACUGAUUUUGUUACCAUCAUAAGUGGUGAUAAGAUACUCUUUAUGGACCCAAGCGAGCCUGAAGAGAAAAUGUGCCGCAUCAUUCAUCUGAACAAGUUAACAGACAUCUGUGCUCUGGAGGACUAUCUGCACAUAUGGGGUAGUUAUAUAAAGUCUCAUACCAUACAUGAUGGCCGAUACCCUGGUACACUCUUCUGGUUUCCACUGAGGCAGAACCCAUCAAAGAUAUCAGAUACUGUUUACUCAUUUGAACAUGUUGUAAGAUUGUUUGAAUCAUUUGGAGUGGAAGCUCCUGUUUGUUUAACUUUUUUAAAGUCUCUUGAAAAAAUAAGCUUGAAAAGGAUCAUUGGAGAUGAUAAACAACUAGAAAUUGUCCACGAAGUUGAACUAACUAGUCCAUCUAUGUCUCAAGUUCAGCAAAAGAGAAAUUUGUUUAAACAAAAGCUCAAAGAAUGCAAUGGAUUUCCAGCUCAAACAACUGUUUGUGAUUAUGAGGUGACAAUCCAAAGUAUUGAAGGAAAGAAGACUCAACAACAGACAAUGCGGACUCUUCAUUACUUGCCAGGUACAAAUGAAGCUUCUUCAGUAGCAUGGCGAGGAAAGAAGAGUAGCAUACACAUGCCUCUAGUUGGUGUAUCUGCACCUAUUUCACCACAUGGAGCCUCUUGGCCCACAGGCCAUAUAUUCUGUUUUCUACCAUUGCCAAUUGAAAGAGCCAACAACACCAGUCUUCCUGUUCAGGUCAAUGGCUUCUUUGCACUUGAUCAAAAUAGAAGACAUGUUAAGUGGAUGACUCAGGAGAGCAGCAAUGAACCAGAUGCACAGUGGAAUGAAGAACUGGUAACAACAGUUGUUGUUGAAGCUUAUUUUAUGCUCUUGUGUAAAGUUCUUAAGGAGAUGACAUCAAGAUCAAAUUCAUAUCACGUGGAAACCUGGUAUAGUCUUCUGCCUGACAUAAAAUCUUCAAAGGGAAGGUGGAAUAAGCUUGCUACUGAAUUAUGGUCAAGAUUGAAAUCUUAUCCAAUUUUGUACUCUGAGGUAAAAGGUUGCAUGAUGAAACCAGAGGAUGUUCUUGCAGAUAACUCUCUAAACUCCUGCCCACAGCAUGUGUCUAACAGCAUUAGAUGUUUCCUUAUAGAGCAAAAUUUCCCGCUUGCUUCUGUGCCUGAUACUGUUUUGGGAUCUCUCUGCUCUGUUGGCUCCACACCAGCGACAGUUACUCCCAAAAAAAUGAGGCAAUGUCUUAGAAUACUCAAGCCCGGCAGAGGAGAAUGGGAUCGAACAUGCCUUUUAGAGUAUGUUGUCUCAGAUGGAAAUUACAGUGAUCUUCAGGAAGUCCCUCUCUUGCCCUUAAAUGAUGGGACAUGGAGCACAUUCUCUCGAACCAGUCAUCCUGUUUAUAUAUGUGGAAAGGAUGCUGGUGCUUUCUUGGGUUUGGAAAACCAGGUCCUCAGCACUGACCUUCCAACACCAAUUGUUCAGUCCUUGCAAAAGAUUGCACAGGAAGGUGUAUCUCAGUUAAAGCAGUUCUCUGCCAGUCAACAUGGUGCUCAACUACUGGCUCAGAGUGCUCAGAUUGUCCACCAACUUGCACUCUCCCAGCAACAGUUGGAAUGCUGGUUAUCAAAAGUAUGGUCAGUUAUGCAACAUCUAGAUCUUCAGAGUGUAAGCAAUGUUGCCCUAGUACCUUGCAGUCCAAAUCUGAUAGAUUCUUCCAAGCUAAUAUGUCUUUCAAGUGCAAUCAUUGUGCAAAAUGCAUCACUUCCUCUAUCAAAAGCAGCUGUAGCUGCUCUUGAGCUCUUAAAAGUGCAAGUAAUCCCUAAACCUCCAGAAUAUGUUCGACAUCAUCAAUUAUACAGCUAUUUCAACAAUUCUGAUGCUCAAGGUGUUUCCCAGGCUCUGCUUAAGGUGAUGACAAUGCAUAGAAGCCAAGAUCUUGCAUGCAACUUUAAUAAGUGGAGAAAUGAUGAACAAGCUCAGGCACUACUUACUGUUACUGAAAUACACAAUCUUCAUCCACAGAUUGUGAAUCUUUACAGAGAACUUAACAUCUUCAAAGCCAGAGGAAAGAACUACACUGUGAUGGAUAUAAGCAUUAAUAAUUGUAACAAAAUAUUUCCAGACAUUAAUAACUUUCCUGUAAAUUUUCCUGAAACUUUCAUUGUGCCAUCCACCAUGAUUGAUCGACAUCUUGCAAAAACUUUGGGUGCCAAUCAAUUGACAAAAGAAAUGUUGUGCCUAUUAGCCUUGCAGAGCACCUAUUCUGAUAAUGAUAUGGCAAAACUUGUGGCGUACAUUUUUGAAGACAGUUACCUGCAAAGUAGUGUGGGAAUUCGAAAUCGGCUUCAAUACGUGAGAUUUGUUCCUAACACAAGUGGUACGCUUUUCCUUCCUAGUCAAAUUUAUGAUCCCGAGGAUGUUGACAAUGCAGCACUGAUUUCAGAAGGCUUAAACCCCCAAACUUGCUUUCAGAAGUAUUAUCCCUUGUUACGAACUCUUGGGAUGAAGAAAGUGUACAACAUGCCCACACAUGAUUUCAUUCAAAUCAUAACAAAUUUCCAUAGCAAAUCAUUAACUGAUGAGGAGAAAGUAAUAAAAGCUGCAGCUUUGCUCAGAGCUGCAAAUCGCCGACCUGAUUGCCAACAGAUAUGUCAAGCUGUAAGAAGUGUUAGUUUUGUUUAUGGUGAAACACUUAAACCAGCUGGCUAUCCUGCCAGCUUAAUUUGGGCAACAAUUUUUAAGCCAUAUAGACCUCAAGAUGUAAAAAGUUACAGUCACUUCAGGAAUGUCCUGGGCUCAGUGGUCCCCCUGGUACAUUGCUCUGAUAUUCAAAAUGUUGCUAACAGCUUUGGCUGGAAUCAGAAACCCAGUGCUAUCUGUCUCAUGGAACACUUAAGAAAUAUAAUAAAGGUAUACAAAAAUACAGAAGCAAAAUAUUUUGAUUUGAUAAAAGAAACAUACAAGCAACUAUCAACAUUUGUUAACACACCAGAUGCAUGCCAUUUACUCUCAAUGUCUAAUUCACCAUGUGUGUUUACAGAGGCAGGUUUCAGGGACCCUAAGAAAGUGUAUGUCUUAUCACAAAUUGGGGACUUGCAAUUAUUGCCUCACAUGUAUUCAGUACCAUUUGAAUUACGUGAUUAUGGUAGUCUUUUUCGCACUCUAGGGUGUUUUGAAAUGCAAUCAAAGGAAUUGUUCUUGACACUUUUACAACAAAUUCAACAGCACCACUCCUUAGGGCAAUUUGCUGAUGUUGAUCAUGACAGGAAUAUUGUUAUACAAAUUCUUCAUAAACUAGUACCAUUUUGCAAAGAUAUCCCUCCAUGUGAAUUGCUAUUACCUGUGGAAAAUGCCAAUGGAAGGUUAGAACUAGUUGAUGUACAGCAGUGUUCUUAUUCAGAACAGUCUUGUGACUGGAUUGACAGUGAUGAACUUGGAGUAAGAGUGGUUCACAGCAGUGUUGGAAAUAAACUAGCAAAAGCUUUGGGUGUUGCACCCCUGAAUAAACAUUUACUGGCUGGUGAAGAGGGUUUCAUGGAAUGGGGACAGCACGAACCACUCACCAUGCGUCUCCACAACUUGCUCCGGCAGUACCGUGAUGGUGUGGCUGUCCUCAAGGAGUUAGUGCAAAAUGCAGAUGAUGCUGGUGCCACCACUGUUUCCUUUCUUUAUGAUGAACGUCAAAAUGAAGAUGCACAAACAAGGCUUAUGAGCAAUAAACUAAAAGAGUGUCAGGGUCCAGCUUUAUGGGCUUAUAAUAAUGCAGUGUUUACUGAGGAAGAUUUUUCAAAUCUAAGAAAAUUAGGUGCAGGAACUAAGGAGUAUCAGUCCACCAAAAUUGGGAAAUUUGGACUUGGAUUUUGUUCAGUUUAUAACUUGACAGAUGUGCCAAGCAUUAUAAGUGGCUCUAAUUAUAUUAUAUUUGAUCCACACAUGACUUACUUAGACAGCAAUAACCAGAUGCCUGGAGUGAGAUACAAUUUUUCUAAGGAGAAAAAUUUAUAUAUGCUGAGUAAGCUUAAUGGACAAUUUAAACCAUUUAAUAAUGUUUUUGGCUGUAAUAUCCAACAGGCAAAGAAGUUUGAGGGCACUUUAUUUCGCUUUCCUUUAAGGACUCCAGCCCAAGCUAGCACUAGCGAGAUCAGUAGUGUGAGUUACAGACAGAAAGAGAUGAUAGAACUGCUUCAGAUGUUUAGCAAGAUUAUAGGAGAACUACUACUUUUUACUCAGAAUAUUAGAGACAUCAAGGUGUUUCACUUAAACAAGAAUGCAUCAUCACCAACAGAGAGUAUGCUGUUAUUUGAAAGUUCAAGAACAAUAAAGAAAGCAUGUCCUUCUCUGGCAGUCUCUGUCCUCAACAAAACAGAUAAAACCCAGGUGGAAAGAGUUGCUCAACUAUUUAAUAAUAGGUUUCAGUGGAACAGGGAACCUUUUCAAGAAUGCACACUUUCAGAAAUAGAAGUUGUAUGUUCAGAAGAAAGUAGAAAAUUUUGCAACAUUCAUGAAGGGGUUUGGAUAGUCACUUGGCUUACAUCAUGGCAUUGUGGUAAUGGGGCAUCAUGUAACUUAGCAGAAAUCCUUAGAGGAAAAGCCUUACCUCUGGGUGCUGUGGCAGUGCCAUUAAGAAAACAAAAUGAUGGGUGGCAACCCUUAAAGCUUUCAGAACUUCCUCAGGGAUUUUAUAAUGAGAGCCAUAUGCACUGCUUUCUGCCAUUGCCAGUAACAACACACCUGCCAGUUCAAGUAAAUGGUUUUUUUGAAGUAGCUCCAGACCGCACAAGCCUUAAGACACAGACAGAGGAUGAUCGAAUAGUAGGUUCAGACUGGAAUGAAACUUUGAUGAAUGAUGCAAUAAGUGCUGCCUAUCAUAGUCUUAUAUCAUCAUUGAAAUUGGAAGGUCUUAGUAAGAAUUGUCCAUAUUAUUUUCUAUGGCCUGAAAAUCUUGCCACAACUGAUAAACUAGUAACAAACUUCACAAAGCAUUUUUAUAAUAAAAUUAUCAGUGAGGCUCUGCCAGUCUUUCGAAGCAGAAGUGGCUGGCAUCCACUAAAUGUCUGUUGGUUUCUAGAAGAAGCAUUUUAUGAACUAGAAGAGAUUGGAAGCAUUGCCUUUGAAUAUAUGGAAAAGUUUAUUGAGUCUUCAAGAUUUAUGAUAGUUUUACCAAACCAUAUUGUUGCUGGUUUCCAGUUUGCUCACAUAUCUGAAUACAUGAUUACUCAAGAUAUGUUUUUCUCAAGUUACUUCAUCCCGAACAUAUCUGAGCAACAUGUAACUCCAGAGAAGAGAAAUAGGCUGACUUUACAUAUUUUUGACAUUAAGCAUUCAUGUUUAGAAAAUCUCAGAAAUGUUUAUUGUAUUCCUACAAUCCCAGAAGGAAAUUUAAAAAUGCCUUCUGACCUAAUAGACCCUAAGAGUAGAAUUGCAUCAAUGUUCACCGCAGCUGAUGAGAGAUUUCCAGAGUGCCUGUUUUACAAUAAUUCUAAUAGACAUAGCAUUCUUUUAGAUUUGGGAAUGAAUUCUAAAUCUAUUCCUUCAGUGAUGGUAAAGAACAGGGCAGAGACAGUUGAAGCAUUGUCUUGCCAUAAUUGUGCUGUUAAAAGAUCUUUUAAAAUCUUGCAUUACAUAGGAACUCAAAAUCAUGAGGAACAAAAUAAUAUUGCAAAGAGAAUUCAGAAUGUCUCAUUUUUACCAGUAAUGCCCAAGCCUCAAGACUGGCAUCUCACAUGGAAAGGUGACACUGUGCUAUGUAAAUCCCAGAUGUGUGCUGACCAUGUCAAGCAAGAUGUUCGAGGACCAGUGAAGUCUGUAGGGUUUUCUAAACCUUUAGGAAUGUGUUUGGGAGAAUUCAAAGAGCUUGUAGGCAGUACAAGCUUAUUACUGUCACAGCUUAAUAUGGAUAAUGAUUGGAUAUCUAAUCAACUGAUUGAGAAGCUUGGUAUUAUUAUUCAUGAACAAAAUCUGCCAUUAAAUAUAGUGUAUCAGCAACUCAAAAUAUUACCAACUGUUUCACCAGCAGUCGGCAACAUCCAGAAAAUUUGUCAUAAAAUAUACAAGUAUUUUGAGAAUAAAAUUCAAUCUUUAAAUUCAGUCAUUCCUGAGGAAUUAAAAGAGCUAAGAAAUGAAAAAGUAUUACUUACAAAACAUGGCUUUAUGGAACCAAAUUUAUUUGCACUUAACACUGAGAGUGAUUGCUCACCAGACUUGUUUUCAGUACAAGUGGAAGGGCUUGGCAUGUACAAGCAUUUAAUGGAAGCCCUAGGUAUUGGACCAACCUUUCAUGCAGAAGUUGUAUUUCAGGUACUUAGUCAAAAGAAAGAAAAAUAUAAAUCUAAUAAAAUAAGUGAAUCAGAAGUAUUACAAAUUUCCAAGCUUCUCGCAUUGUUGUUUAAUGUUCAACCUAUUGGAUCAGGUGACUGUGAGUUACCCCUUCAUUUACUGCACCUUCCAGAUGCUGAUGGCUAUCUCUGUCCCAUAGACAAGUUGUGUUGUGAAGAUGGUGUUGAUCUGAGCUCGGGCAGCUUUAACUGUUUACAUAAAUCUAUUUCAGUAUCAUUGGAAAUGACAAAUUGGUUAGGAAUAAAAACCAAAACUAGACAGCGUCUUGAGAACUCUUCAAACAGGAUGCAUUUUGGUCAGAGUGAACCCUUAACAACUCGACUAAAGAACAUUCUUAAAGACUACCCAUGCGAUUAUGGAAUAAUGAAGGAACUGCUACAGAAUGCUGAUGAUGCAGGAGCAACAGAGGUAGCCUUCAUUAAGGACUUUCGUUAUCUUCCUGAUGAAAAACUGUUUGACAAGAAAUGGGCACCACUACAAGGACCUGCUCUAAGUGUAUACAAUAAUAAAGGUUUCACAGAGAGAGAUCUUCAGAAUAUUCAAAACUUGGGUAAUAGUAUGAAAAAUCAAGACCCAGCCAGUACAGGACAAUACGGCAUUGGUUUUAAUGCGGUGUAUCACUUAACUGAUGCACCAUCAUUGUUGACACGAGGGCCUGAAGUCCCACAAGGAGAAACACUAUGCAUGUUUGACCCUCACUGUUGGUAUGAUCCUGGGGCCACUCCUGAAAAACCUGGGGUGCGAUUUGAAAAUUUGAAUGACUUACGAAAAGAUCAUCCUGAUUCUUCAUGGUAUCUAGAAAAUCUUUUUCUACAGCAAGAGGGUACAGUUUUUAGACUCCCACUGAGGAUUGAAAAACAGUCUAAAAUUUCAGAUCCCUUCCCAGCUUAUAAGCUGAAAGAAAAGUUGGAUGAGUUCAAGCUGGAAAUGGCAAAAUGUUUGUUAUUUUUAAGAAAUGUUCGUAAAAUUUCCAUUAUGAGAAUGUCUAAAAAGGGAGAGUGUUAUACUGAAUAUUGUGUUGAAUCAUCUAUCCAACAGCAAAAUGAGCUGUCAAAGUUGCAACAUAUGAUGGAAUUAAAGAAACAUAUUGAUGAUAAUUUAAACUCUGUCUUUAAUAUUGAUAUGAUCAGAGCAAAGUACAUAAUGACAGUUACAGACACAAACAAAGCAAAAUACAUUUGGUAUAUUGUUCAGCAACUUGGUUCAGAAAAUAAAGACAGCCGACCAGAGAUAGUGAAGGAUGCUUUUUCCCAUAAGUAUCUUAGUCUGCUUCCUCAUGCUGGAGCUGCUGUUCUCUUGAAUACCAACCAAAACCCAAUUAAUGAUUUAUUUACAACAUCUUGUUAUCUUCCAUUGCCAGUAAAAUCAGGACUGCCAUUCAGUGUUAAUGGACACUUUACUUUAAAUUCUUCUCGGCGAAAUUUAUGGACAGGAUUAGAGGAUCCUAAAGCUCAGUGGAAUACUUGGCUGAUGAAGGAGGUGCUUGUCCCUGCUGCUGUGUGUGCUGUUGAUUACUACAGGAAAUGUAUUUUCCCAGAAAGUGAUAAUAAGAUGACAAUGUGUAAAUAUUUACAGAACAUGAAUUUGUAUAGGAUGAUCUUGCCUGAUGGAAAUAAUACAGAAUCAAUUAAAUGGAAGAAUUUUAUCAAAUGGUUUUAUAAGUACAUCAUUGAUCAGGAACUAUAUUUCUUUGAUGUUUUUAUUCCAGAAAAUGACAAAUUCCAUGUUUCAGCUGAAAAUAAAUAUAAAGUGGUUGAUCUACAAAAUGGAGAGUUAAAAUGGCAUGCAUUUAAAAAGGCCAGUGAUGAAUUUCCCCUUUACUUUGCUAAGCAUUUGGAUCCACAGAUUGCCAAGCUUAAAGAUCAUUAUACAGUCAAGCCCAGUGAUCAUUAUACAUUCAGGCCCAAUGAUUUUAAUAUUGUCAGGCCUAGUGAUCACAUUGAAAAUAAUCUCUUAAACACACUAAGGCGACUUGGCAUGAAAGUGGGUAGCUCAAUAAUGCGUAACAAACUCAUUAGUGCUGAAAUUGAGUUUCACUUGCUUAAUUCAGAUGCUGCUCUUCAGUUUCUUCUUUCCUGGGAUAAAGAUUACCCUGACAAAUGCAAUCCAAUGAUAAUGAAACACAUCACUGAGACACCAUUUUUAAGUGUCAACAAUGUGUGUAUUGUCUUCAUGUAUCUUUCAUAUUCAGAACAUUUUCUUAAUUAUUUGGAAGGGCUUCCAUUGCUGCUCACUAAUGACAUGAUCCUCAAACAUUUUAAUUCCAAGGAACCAGUAUUUAUUUCAUCAUACUGCCACCUACUUCCAAAUUCAGCACAUGACUUUAUCCACUUUGAUAUGGUAAAGUUAUUCAAAAAAGCUCAAACAGACAACAAGAACCUAAAUAUAUUGAAAGAGUUCACAUUACAGGAUCUGGCAGACAGACUACAUGCAGAAUUAGACCAGUCGUAUCAUGAAAGUGAAUGUUUUUUACCAUUAGGUAACCAUGAUGAAAAAUGGUUGACUAUGCUUUGGAAAUUCAUAAGAGAGUAUUUUAAGUGCAAUAAAGAUGAAAAAACCUUGGAAAGCAUUUGGAUGAAGAACAGGGAAUAUAUUAUAUAUACUCUUGGAGACUGGUCUUUAUACCCCCUAACUUAUAACAAUCAAAAAUGUCUAGUUUCAUUAAAGAAGGCCUGGAGAGUUUUAGACCUGGACAAUGACCCAUUUCAGGUUCAGAUUACCUUCCAUAAGUCUGUUUUCCAUUCAUUACCUGUUCCUCAUACAUUCUUCAAAAUUAUUCCAACAAAGUUACCCAUUCUUACAGCAACAUUAAGGGAUCCUUCUGUUUUGUUAGACAACCUUUACUUUCAUAGAGAGAGAAUUGCUCAGUAUGUUCACAAGGUGAUGAAACAUGAUAAAAAAAUGUCUGAAGUCUUGGAAUAUUUUGGUAAAUAUUGUAAAAGUGCCUCUUUAUGUCCUAAUAAACUUCGUUCACUCUGUAUGUUUGAAGACAUCUGUGGAGCUGUGAUAAAAUUGGAAGACAAAAACUUUAUUGUACCAGUUGCAUCAAAACUUAAUUUAAAUGGUUUGGUUGGAAUUGCAGCAGACAACAAUACAAUAAUUUUAAAAGAAGAAAAAUCAACUGAUGCAAAAACCAUCUACCAAUACCUGAAUUCAGAGUGUCUUCUGGAGGACCUGGAAAUUUAUGUAAAACUAAUUUUGCCAAAUUAUGAAUAUUUAUCAUUGCAGCAAAGAACGUACUUUCUGAAAAAUUUAAGAAAUGAACUAGCAAAAACACAAUAUGAGGAAGAAGAGACUUGGAACCAAAGUAUAAAAAAUGUUGUUUCAGUAUUGAGAAGAACUCCUUUUAUUGAGCUAAAUGGAAGAUUAGAAAUGGCAAGUAAUUUCUAUGAUCCUUUCAACCCAGUAUUUAUGGUGAUAAAUUUGAGCAAUUUACCAGAUGAAUGGAGAAAACCGGAAUGGCACUACUUUCUCAAAUUGGCUGGUAUGGUAUACGAGUUGACUGCAGAAAUGUAUGUACAGUAUGCUAGUGCAUUAUCAUGUAAUGAUUCUGAAGUUAGUCAGAAGUCUCUAGUUCUCACUCAAUACCUUUUUGACAACUUUAAUAAAUUAAAGUGCAGUGUUUCACAGAUAAGGAAUAUUGAAUUUCUUGUUCCACAAGAGUGUGAAGAAUUAGAGAGGAUUUUACCGCACUAUAGAACACCAUCUGGAUUGGUGUCUUUUUCUGGUGGUGUGCCAUUAAAAUUUUCUAAUAUUCUGUGGUCAACUGCAUGCCUUCUGCCACAGUAUGCAACAUCAUGCAGGAGUGAUAUUAAAAAACAUUUGAACAUCAUGGAUACCCCCCCAGAAGAAAAGGUUCUUGAGCACAUUACAAAAUUGUGUACAUUUUUUAAAUCUAAACCAGAGAACUCAAAUCCAGAAAUAGAGUAUGUAAUGGAAAGUAUUUACCAGUAUUUACAAAAGUGCAGCAACAGUGUUCAUGAUGCACUUGUCUGCCAGAGUACUCCUGUAGUGCAUAUACCAAAGCACUCUACCUUUGUUUCUGCUAAAUUAGUGAUUGAAAAUUUGGAGGUUGAAAUUAUUCCAUAUUUAUAUAAAGCACCAAUAAGAUAUGGUAAAUAUAUUAAUGUCUUCAAAAAACUAGGAGCCAUUCAAUCUGCCACUUGUGACACUUAUGCUCAAGUCUUGAAGAUGAUUUAUGAAAAGAGUCAGAAGCAAGUAUUGCAUCCUGAAGAAUCUAAGUGUAUGAAGCUGGCUCUUGAAGGCUUGGUGAAAAAGAAACUGAAUCUCGAAAAACUUCAAGUUUCUGAACUCUAUCUCCCAACGAAAGAAGGGAAAAUGGAAAAGUCUUCCGAAAUGUAUGUGGUAGAUAUUGAAGAAUAUUUAGAGGCCUCUAAAGGAAAAUUAAAUGUACCAAUAUUUGUUGGAUUUGCAGUCUUAAAUAUGCUAAUGAAUGAUGCCGACUUUGUGAAACGACUGCCAAAACAUUUGCAGCUAAAGUUUUUGUCUCAAGCUGUGAAAGAAGACCUUAAUAGUAGUUGUGAGGAAAUAUCAACAGAGUUACUUAAUGAAUUAAGAGAAACUCUGCAUUCAGAUACUUUUAAGCAAGCAGUAUUGAGGAUUAUAAAUCAUGAUAGAGUAUCCACAGGAUUAUGUUUAGAUAAAACUGAAGUAAAAGAAUUAAUGACUAGUCUUGAUAGAGUGGAGGUGAAGCAGUUGAAGGUAAUUACUACCACGCUAAAGUUUAAUGAAGAUGAAGUGGGGAAACGAGAGAGGAAAUUUUUUGUACAAGUUUGUAAUGAAGAAGAGAGAAAAGUGACACUUUAUAUUUCUGAGAAUAUUACCAGUACUAGUGAUUGUCUGUGGACUGUGUAAAACUUACAGGAACUACUUAAGAUAGUUUCAGCAUCAGUGAUGGAGAAUUUAGGAAACAUAUUGAGGAGUUAUGAUAAACCACAUGAAAUUCCUUUAUUACUGAAUGAAUUGAAUAUAACAGCAUGGGGAGUUAAGAACAGUGCACAUGAAUUAUAUCGAACAGAUGUAGGUUCAUACCUUCCUGAACAGUUAAUCCCUUUGCUGGAUAAUGAAUUUUGUCAAUUUCAUGAAGGAGAAAUAGUCUGCUUGAAGAAAUAUAUUCUUGCAGGAAUUGAAACUACUGAAGAGAAUAUAUACAUUAUUGUUCAAGUAAAGUGCUUGGUAAGAAGUCAUGAGAGCUUGUUUAUGAAUGAAUAUGAAGUUGACACUGGAUAUGAAGGAAAGUCUUGCAUGAUAGUUCGAGCUCAUCAGCUAUAUAAAUUUGUAAGAACUAAUGCAAAUGACAGUGAUGUGGUGAUAACUGAUACAGUGUAAGCCGGCAGUGAAUCUGAUAACCUUUCUGAAGAAGAAAUUAUGAAGACUAUAAGAAAACAAAUGAAAGAAAUAUGGGAAGUUGCAGAUGAAAAAGAAAGACGGCAUCUGAUACGUCGCUUGAUUCUUAAGUGGCAUCCAGACAAAAACAUUCAUAUAACUGAACUCAGUACUCGUGUGAUGCAGUAUAUACAACAACUGUUGAAUCGUCUGGAGAAUGGAGAGAUUAUACCAGAUGAUGAAGAUGAUGAAGGUGCCUGUAAUACCAACAGAUUUUGGGGCCUUGUUUUGUUUGUUUUCCUUUGCCAGGGACCGCACUCUGCUGUGGCGUCCCCAACACUGUGCUCUGCUCUGGUGCCAUCGACGCCGCGCUCUGCUCCGGCGCCCGCGAUACCACACUGCUCCGGCGCCAUUGACACCGCGCUCUGCUCAGGCGUCCCCGACCUGAUUGUGCUCGGGCUGCAUGCGCCUAGGGUCACCUUUCCUAGGUGCCCUGCAGCUGAGAAGAUUUUGAAGGGAGCCUUGUAUCUUGAGGACAGAAACAAGGCAGCGACAUUUGAGAAUGGUGGGAUAAAGCAUUCACUUACUGAUAUAUCAUCAAGUCUGCAAUCAAAGGAGUCCAACUCACUUGCAUCUGACAUAGAAAAGCAUGUGGGCCAUCAUACCAAUAUGCUCUAUCCUUCUGUCAGUGGUUGUCCCUGUGACAAUUAUAAUAAUGAUGAUGCUAACUAUAUGUUGGGCAAAACAAAUCAAAUAAUGCAAUUGCUUAGACCUUACUUUGUGAGCAAAUGAUGUAAUUUUUAGAUAUUUUGUAAGUACAAUACAAUAAUAUUGCCUAAACCUUUACAUAGACCAUUUAAAAAUAUAAUUUAAGCAAUUACAUCACACUUAAAAGAAGUUAAUUAUAAGCAUUACAGAAUAUACAAGUUAUUUGCCAUACCUAAAUGGUGCCCUGUUUUUCUUAACUUAAAACAUUGAAACUGCAGUACUAUUUGUGCAGGUUGUGGUCUUGGUUUAUUUUUCUUUAGAUAAAUGUAUAUGUUGUUGAAUGACCGAAAAGGUAAGAAUAAUAAUUC